UUUUUUUUUGAAUAAAUACAAAAAUUUUCUACUACAAAACUUUGAAUGAAGAUUCGUCAAUCAUUCGAUAAUUUUGAUAACGAUAAUAAUAGUAACAACAAUAAUAAUAAUAACAACAACAACACUAUGGAUGACGACACUGUACAGGAUAAGGAACGAUUUGCAAGAGAAAAUCAUAGCGAAAUUGAACGUCGUCGUCGAAAUAAAAUGACUGCUUAUAUAACUGAAUUAUCCGAUAUGGUACCAACAUGUUCAGCAUUGGCAAGAAAACCGGAUAAAUUAACAAUAUUACGUAUGGCUGUUGCACAUAUGAAAUCAUUACGAGGAACAGGCAACACAAACAAUGAUGGAACAUAUAAACCAUCAUUUUUAACCGAUCAAGAAUUAAAACAUUUAAUACUUGAAGCGGCUGAUGGUUUUCUUUUUGUUGUUUCAUGCGAUUCCGGUCGUAUUAUCUAUGUUUCAGAUUCUGUUACACCAGUACUCAAUCAUUCACAAUCAGAUUUUUUUAACACUUGUAUCUAUGAUUUAAUUCAUCCUGAAGAUGUGGAAAAAGUUCGUGAACAACUUUCCACUCAAGAAUCGCCUAAUGGUGGCCGUAUAUUGGAUCUUAAAACCGGAACUGUAAAGAAAGAAGGCCAUCAAUCUUCAAUGAGACUUUGUAUGGGUUCACGUCGUGGUUUUAUUUGUCGUAUGAAAAUUGGCAAUCUUCCUUUGGAUGCAAUUGCGCCCAAUCAUUUACAUCGAAUCCGUCAACGAAGUGGUCUUGGUGCUAGUAUUGAUGGUAAUCAUUAUGCAGUUGUCCAUUGUACGGGUUAUAUUAAAAAUUGGCCACCAUCCGGCGUUCAAAUGGAACGACUUGAUACUUCGGAUGAAAAUCAUGCUGUUAAUAAUUGCUGUUUAGUUGCAAUUGGCCGUCUACAAGUAACAUCGGUUCCAAAUACUAAUGAUUUAAUGGCCACCAAUGCAAACAAUGAAUUUAUUUCAAGACAUACAUUGGAUGGAAAAUUUACUUUUGUUGAUCAACGUGUAACGAAUAUACUUGGCUAUCAACCACAAGAAUUAUUGGGCAAAAUUUGUUUCGAUUAUUAUCAUCCGGAAGAUCAAAGCCACAUGAAAGAAAGUUUCAAACAUGUUCUCAGCCUAAAAGGACAAGUAAUGUCCGUUAUGUAUAGAUUUCGAGCAAAAAAUUGUGAUUGGGUCUGGUUUCGUACUAGUAGUUUUGCAUUUCAUAAUCCAUAUACUGAUGAUGUUGAAUAUAUUGUCUGUACAAAUUCGUCUACAAAAAACAUGCAUCACAAUGAAGGAAUAAUAAAUGAAACACAGACAUCUGUAUCAUCAGCUGUUGAUAAUGGACAACAAUCUCAACAUUAUGGUCAACAAAAUGCCGCCCAUCAACAACAUAUGGGAACAAUGGGUCUAAAUCCAAUAACAAAAACUGAUUCAACCAUUGAUUCAUAUAAUCUUCAUCGAGUCAAUGAUUCAUCAAUGUAUAAUCAAAUGCCCUAUUCUAUCUAUUCGGAUCCAAAUGUCAUUGGUUACAAUCCAAAUGGAUUAUUAUCAACACCAAUGAAUACCGCUGAAAUGGCAACAACACAAAGUAGUCCAUCAUUAAAUAAAAUGGUAUCCAGUUCCUCGAAUGAAUCUUGGGCAACGCGAAACAUGACUAGAACUGAAACUUAUUCCAAUCAAUCCGGUGCUUAUAAUCAGGUUAGCCCAUCACGUAGUCCAUCAGCUGGAGCACCAACUUAUACACAAUUGGGCACAACAUCCACACGACCUGCAAUGUGGACACAAUGGUCACAAAGUGGAAAUGAACAUCAACAAUCUGCACCACCUCCACCACCACCACCACCGAAUAUGACGCCAAACAAUACAAUAAUUACUGGCCAACAACAACAACAACAGCUCGCAAAUUCUCAUCAAUCACACACAACAACAACAACCAUCUCAACAACAACAAUCACAACAGCCACAAUCAGAAAUGGAUAUGUUACAUAUGUUAGGACAACAAGAUCAAAAUUCAUUUGAAGAUUUAAACAUGUUUAAUUCAUUUAAUGAAUGAUUGAUACAUUACAUACAAUGAAUGGGGACCACCACUUAUGUACAAAGCAUCAUCAAAUUUAACUAAAUAAGAAUAUAUCAAUUAUUUUAUUUAUAUAAUAUACAAAGAAAUUAUUAUUUCGUACAUUAUUUUCUGAUACAAAUUCCAGAACAUUUAUAUAUUGAUACAA